CUGCCUACAAUCGUUAUCCUGGUAGGGAACUGCAAAACUCGAAACCAUGGUGAAGUACUCGAGGGAGCCAGACAAUCCCACCAAGUCCUGCAAAGCUAGGGGCUCUGACCUCCGUGUUCACUUUAAGAAUACAAGGGAAACUGCCCAUGCAAUUCGGAAAUUGCCUUUGGGAAAGGCCAAAAGGUACUUGGAGGAUGUUAUUGCCCACAAGCAAGCCAUUCCAUUCCAGCGUUUCUGUGGGGGAGUUGGGCGAACUGCACAGGCUAAGAAUCGCCAUUCAAAUGGACAAGGUCGCUGGCCUGCUAAAUCUGCAAAAUUCAUUCUUGAUUUACUCAAGAAUGCUGAGAGCAAUGCAGAGGUGAAGGGCUUGGAUGUGGAUGCACUUUACAUCUCUCACAUCCAAGUGAAUCAAGCUCAGAAGCAAAGGCGCCGAACAUAUCGGGCGCAUGGAAGAAUUAAUCCUUACAUGUCUUCCCCGUGCCAUAUUGAACUGAUUUUGUCAGAGAAAGAGGAACCUGUCAAAAAAGAGCCUGAGACUCAGUUGGCUCCUAGGAAGUCUUAGAUCAACCUUGGUGCAGUGGUGCUUCCUCCUAAACAUCUGAGUGAUUCAUCAAUUCAUAAUAUUGAGUCUUUUCCUUUCUCUGUUACCGUGAGAACACUUUAUUUGCAUUCUCUAGUUGCUUACUGUUUCAGGAGAAUUCUUGGUUUCUAUUGAAAACUUUUGUUGAUCUUAUUCAGAAGCCUGAUGUCAGUCAUGAACUUUAGUUGUAUUUUUCUUGGAAAUCUUAUAUGGUGACUUUGCUUUACUGUGCAUCACUACUUGGUCUAGAGGUUUGAAUUAUCUUAUUCAAUUAGUACAAGGGGUGUGACGAGCUUUUCAACCCAAACAAGACUGGAAUUUAAUUGGACACUCGAAUAUUUUUGGCUAAGAACCCUAUCUAAAGAACCCAGACUUAGUUUCUUCCGGACUGCUCAGCUUUUUUCUGGGUGUAAAAGGUUUCAUGGUUAACCUUUUGGCUUCAAAUUUAAACACUCGAAUGUCCUGUUGCCUCAUCUUGGCCUCUCUAGGCGGAGGAGCCAGGCAUUCGGCCACCCCUAGAGCGCCUAAACACGCGUUCUGUCAUGUUUGUCUGUAACAUGGGUAUACAUUGUUUCUUCCUCAGUGUUCAGGCCAAAUGUCAUGGAUUAGAAUUGGAAGUGGAAAGAAAAAGGGAAUUGGAGU